GGAGGCAGAAAACUUGUUGGGCAGGUUUUUCUUUUUGCCUUUGGAGGCAUUUCAGCGGCAGACAGAGCAGAUCUGUUGAAAAGUGGGGGGGAACAUGGUCGAAAGAAGCACCAAUGCUUUGUCUGUUUCUCCUUGUCCUCUGUUCUACAAGCUGGGCUUGGGAGCACUAAGAAGGAACUAAGGAGAUCCAAGACCGUGAGAAAGGAGCUCUCCCUUUGCAGGUCCGAGGGAAGAAGAGAGCAUCGCUAGAGAGCCGGAUCUCAUUCUGGACUACUGGGUUCUAUCACUCUUUCUAUUGUACCUCCUGUGCCUGGGUAGUAUUUCUGAUCCUGUUCAGGAUUAAUUGCCUUGGAGAGACCUAGAGCUCGAGGAUGGGAUUUCUGCCGCUCCUGUUAUUGGCCUUCACUUUAAUUCCUCUGGAUCCAGCCCAUUCUCAGCAAUGCUCAGGAGACCCCACUUCACUGAUCCUUCAGUUUGCGGAUGUGGGAGCUGACCAGUGGGUUCCUGCCCACCGACGAGUGCCCGGAUCAUUGGAUCCCCUCUAUGAUCUUGUCCAAAGCUACCUUGACAUAGUUCAACAGAACCCUCUACCUACAGAGCUGUUGAGGGAUGCUUUGAAUGACCCACCUUCUGCUAGUGCUUCACAGAUCCUCCAGUAUCAAGCUGGGUACAUCGUCUGUGCCACAAUCGCUGUCAUCUAUUUUGUGACAAUGCCCUUGAUUGGGCUGAGCAUCUGCUGCUGCAGGAGACACAGGCGCUGUGGUGGGCGGGUGAAAGCCUACCGUCGCUCCCUCCUCUGCCAACGCAACCUUCUCAUGCUAAGUCUUCUCCUGAUCACUCUAGUCAUCCUGGCUGGUGUUAUCUGUGCUUUUGCUGCCAACCAGAAAGUGAAAGAGGAAGCGGAGCCCGGAGCCCGAAAUGCACUGAAUACCCUGCAGGCUUUGAGGCACCAUGUGAGCGGGAUACCCCGUGGAGUUCAGCUGGCUGUGGAGCAGUUUGCAGUUCCUAAAGAACAAAUCAUCAGAGAUCUAAACAACGUCAGCUGGAACAUUGGCAGUACCAUCCACUUGGUGCUGAAAGGAUCUGUAUAUUCUGCUAUAAAUGCUAUGAAGAGUAGAGCACAAGACCUACAGAACUCCCUGCACCAUUUGCAGAUUAUCAAGAAGACUGUCCAGAGACUGACCGAGUACCAAGAUGAGCUGGAAUCUACACUGAGAGAGCGGAAGCAAAAUAUAAUCUCUCUUCUGGAGGAUUCACGCUGCAACUACUGUGAUGGUGCCUUGAGCAGAGCCCAGGGCUUGGAACUGGGUGUGAACUACUACAACGUACCUUCAGUGGAAAGGGUUUUGAAGAAUUUGCAUGGACUUCCAAAAGCAAACUUUUCAGAAAUGAUUUACCAGGCCAACCACAGUUUCAACUCUUUCCCAGAACGAGUGUCAGUGAAGAUGGCUAAUGUUGUCCAAGACCUAAAGAAAGAAAUGGAUAAGGCUACGAAGAAAGUUCAAUCUAUUGCAGACAGCUUUCCAAUUUCACAUCAUACUCGUCCCAUAUAUGAUACUCUGGUGAAGGCAGAGAAUAUGAGUCACGCUUACUUCAAGGAGGUGAAGCGUUACGAAAGAUACAGGUGGAUUGCAGGUGUUGUUGCGUGCACUGUUGUACUACUGAUAGUUAUCUGCAAUAUCCUUGGGCUUUCCUUUGGGACUUAUGGUCUGACUGUGCGAGAGGAUCCUGGCGAUUACGAAAGAAGAGGAGAAGCUGGAGCCAAGAUGCUCAUUACUUCUAUACGCAACCCUCUUGUGAGGACCAGUAUUGAAGGCUUGGCUGUAGAGCUUGAGAGAUUAAGCAACGUUCAGAGCGACAGAGGUAUGACGGAAAAACUGGCUAAAGAAUCACAGAUGCUCCAUAACAUUCAGAAUCCCACAAUUGAUAUAAUGAGAGAACUUGUGGAGGAUCUGAAAGAAAGUGUCUACUUCUUGUCUGCAGUGGCAUCAAACCUACAGGCACAAAUAAAUGACAUGGAGACCAAAGUUCGCUUAGUUGAGACCACUCUCCCCAUUGAUGUUCACAAAAUACUGAGAAAGGAGUUAGCUUGCUUUGUAAGAAAAGAGGUGGGGUACAUCUCCCUGUACCUGAACUGGCUAAGGGAUGUGCUAAUAGGGGAUGUUACUUCAUGUCAGCCUCUUGCCACUGGUCUGGACAAUGGCCGGGUGAUCUUGUGUGAUCGCAUUGUGGAUCCCUGGAAUGCCUUCUGGUUUAGCCUGGGCUGCUGCACUUUCUUCCUGAUUCCCAGCAUCAUCUUUGCCAUCAAGACCACCAAGCAUUUGCGUCCCAUCAGGCACCGAUUGAUUUCUACAGGAUCAGAGGAGACCUAUCCCUUCCACAUUCCACGUGUCACAUCUCUGAAGCUAUAGGAAUUAUCUGUACCAAGAUCUUCAGUUGCAGGAAUCAUACAGGAAAGAACCCUGGAUCCAUUCCAAGAUACAUGCCUUUGCAAGUCAUAAAGCUCCAAAGGGACUGAUACGGACCUCUUACUGAAGAAACAUCUCAUCCCCUGCAAAAGCUUUUGUGCCAUCAUUGUUACGCACAGCACCAUAAAUUUCCUUUUUCUUCCAAGCUUCCCUUACUGGUGCUUCUUGCUCAGUGCCGAUCAAGCAACUAUACAGAUGACAUCCUCUUAUCAGUUUAGUUCCAUCUGUUUCUGAUGCUGCCUGGUGGAUCAAAUCUAAUACUUCAGAAGCAAUUUUAUCCUUGCCGUAAAGUGGUGGUGGGGAUAUUCAAGACUUUAGUGCCUGUUUUACUACCUGGAAUGUAUGAAAGAAGGGUGUGCCCCAAACUAUACACAUGGCAAGAACUGUGAGUGCAUUUGCUUGGAGUGGUUUCUAGGGUUGAUUUUGGCCAAAGCUGAGGGAAUGGUAGUUCAAUGAGAUACAACCGGCAGUAGUUUCCUAAAUUAAUGCUACCAAUAACAUCUGAAGCUGCAGCUGUCAGUUUACUGCAAUCAGCUUCUCAACCUGAGCCCUGUGGGGAUAGGGUGGGAUAGAAAUAAAAUAAAUAAAUAAGCCUGUACUUUCCCCAGCCAAGUUGCUGGAGUGUGGAGGCCUUCCCAUCUCCCAUCACUAAUGUCCUUGGCCAGAGAAGGUCUGUUCCUCUAUACUCAAGAACUUGCCGGGAGUUCCUUGCAAUGCUAUAGAAGAGGGUGCAGGAGGUGCAACAUUGCUGGGGCCUCUGAGGUACUCUCCCAUUUCAUGUUAGGAAUAGCACCUGUGAGACCAGGAGCUCAAGCAAGGAAGGGGGGGUUGGCAGUGGGAAGAGCCUCUGCAAACAGCAUAGUUGUGCAUCCAUUCAUCAUGGACACAGAGGAGUGGAUCACUUCUUAUCUGAUGUUCAUUGGGCCAGGAGAUGGAAAAAUUAGUAUGUGGCAAGAUGCAGCUCACUCAUCGGCUGUCCCUACACUGUGGAGAACCUGCAAUAACCUGCUUCCCUGCAAAAUAUGCCUGCUGGCAGUUGUGCAGACUCACCACCAGUUUAUCACUCAAUGCAAUAAUCACAAAUGACAGUCUGCUUCUGUUUUCUUCCCAUGUUGAAUACUGUCUAUGUAGGAAAUCCUCUGUGUGUGAAGUAGAGCAAGGGGCCAUGCCAUGCAUUUUGUGACAGUUAACCUGAGUUUGCUGUCAGAUGUGUACAACCUGGCAAGAGACAGUGUUAUGUAAUGGGUAGAGUAUUGAUCUAAGAAAGUGUGUGUGUGUGUGUGGGGGGGGGAUUACUGAUUCAAAUCUUUCCUCUGUCAUGAAGCUCCUUGGGGGUCUUUAGCCAAUCCCUCUUUCAGCCUAACCUACUUCACAGGGCAUUUGUGAGGAUAAAAUAGAAAGGUAAGAUUUUUUAAAUUAAAGGAACUGGUUUAACUGCAGCCAUUUCUGCUCCCCCUCCCCUCCAGGGCUUAUACAAUGCAUGUUGUUUGAAAUGGAUGGUUUGUUUUUAUAUUUUUAGGUGAGAUGGGAUGAACAAAGCAAGUUCUCAUUGACAUCAGUUUUACACAUGCUUCCGGGGCUUAUUUUCUUUCUGUGUGGCUCUCCGUUACAGGCAGAGAAAGGUUCAUUCACGAAAGGACACACAAUGCCUCUUUUUAGCAACAUCCCUCUGCCACCCUCACAGAUGCUGUCUUUCAGUGGCGCUAUAAAUGGAGAUGCAGGGGGGUGUAGCUCAGUUUAAAGCACCUGCUUUGCAUGUGGAAGGUCCCAGGUUCAGUUCUUGGCAUCUCCACUUGAAAGGACCGCAGGAAGGAUCAUUCUGUGCCUUAAGCCCUGGAGCAUCGUUGCUAGUCGGAGCACACUGUGCUGAGCUAGAUGGGUCAGUGCUCUGGGUCAUAAAGUCCCCUUUACUGCAAAUGGAUGUAUGUGCCCAAUUAGUGAGGAGCACCACCCAGAGAGAAAAUUUCCCUCCUUCGUGCCAGUGUGAAGUUCCCAAAUAUUGUGAGCCCUUCAGGGACAGUGAUCCUUGCCUGUCUUUUGUAUGAAUAAUUACUGUCAUUUGCCCUCAACUUUGGGGAAAGAGUUGCCAGUAAAUAAAUGCAGUCAUUCUUAAUAAAAAAA